AUGUCAACCGCUUACGCCCAAGGAAAAGACCAUCAUGAUGGCAAUGGAUUUAAAAACCCUUGGCCGUCGUUUGUCAAUUAUGGAUUCGCGGAUGCUGCCCGAAUGAUAUACUCUGCCGAGCGAAAUAGACCCCUGAAAGGAGUCAGCGUACAGGACAGACCCAAGCCUGUCGAAAUUGACUGGAGUGCAUUAAAAAAUGAAGAAAAGGAUAUAAUCACUGCCACUUGGCUGGGACAUGCAUGUAUGCUCGUUCAACUGAAUGGGUUCAACAUACUUUUAGAUCCCAUCUUUUCUCAAAGAUGUUCACCUGUCCAGUUUAUGGGCCCAAAACGAUAUUCAGAUCCACCAUGUCAGUUAGAAGAUCUACCGCCUAUUGACGCUGUUGUCAUCUCACAUAAUCACUAUGAUCACCUUGACGAGCAUACGAUCGGUGAAGUCAGCCGAAUGAAUCCUGACUGCAAGUUUUACGUUCCUCUAGGAAACAAGCAGUGGUUUAAACUUGACAAACCACUUGAUAGACACGGUCACGAUCGUGUCAUUGAGCUUGAUUGGUGGGAUACAUCUGUGCUUCAAAGGCAUGCAAAUGGUCAAGUUACUGCACAGGUCCGAUUGACGUGUACCCCUUGUCAACAUUUCAGCGGAAGGGGGUUAUUUGAUCGAAACAAGACGCUUUGGGCAUCUUGGUGUCUUGAAGGCUUAGUAGAUGAAAAUACAGUGAAGGGAAAAGUGUUCUUUGGAGGCGAUACAGGAUAUCGCUCCCUUCCUGAAAGUGCCACUCCAGACCAAGAGUAUGACACCAAGUACUUGGAUACGCUUCCCUUUUGCCCUGCUUUCAAAGAAAUUGGUGAAAAGUUUAAUGGGUUUGAUUUAGCAUUCAUUCCGAUUGGAGCAUAUUCGCCACGCUGGUUCAUGUCACCUUGUCAUUGCUGUCCAGAAGAUGCAGUUAGAAUUCAUCAAGAUGUUCGAAGCAAACAUUCAAUAGGUAUUCAUUGGGGCACAUUUGUAUUAACGGACGAACAUAUAUACGAACCACCCAAAAGAUUAGAAGCAGCCUUGAAAGAAAGAGGGUUAGACCAAAAAGAGUUUGAUGUUCUUCCAUUGGGUGGAACAUUUGUUACCAAAGCAACAACAUGA